AUGGAGCUCGUUUACCUGGACUGGCUCAACGAUAUUUUUGGCUUUAUCUUGCCGUGCUAUGUCAUUUACUUGAGCUGUUUUCGAACGCAGAACCAACAAGUCAAGACUUAUUCAAAGGUCAUCAUCACAAACAGUAUCCUCGACAUUGUGUAUGUUGUGUCCAACGUCAUGUCCAUGUAUGUAAGUCGACGUUACUUUGCAUGGGGCCAGCCGAGCCCGGUGAUCGAGCCGGGCCAUUUAAGUAAUUUUUUACGCUGAGUGUAUCAUAGAUAUGUAUUGAAUACUAACCUCACCUAUAUUCCAGUCCGCCGCGUUGGUAGGCCAUCAAGUAGUUUUGGUCAUCCAAAAUCCCCUAGCCGACAUGUACCCGCUCUACGGACUCCUCGCUUACUGCUUUCAAAUUUUUAUAAUCUUUUUGUGCAUUCUCUUCGUUCCAGUUCAAUUUAUCUACCGCUACCGAGUUGUGACCUCUUCCGACACAUCGUUAAAGACCGUCUUACUUCCUCUGCUGUUGGCUGCAUCAUACAUGGUGGUGCAUUGCAGCUUCAUACCUUAUACAUUCCAAAGAACAUCACCCAAAUACGACAAACUUUUGAUUGAUAAUGGUUUCGCACAAUACGCCGGUCGUAAUUAUUAUGUUGGAGACGUGGUAAGGGUUAUUACAGUAGACUACCUUCAACAAGAAUUUUAGGAGGCAAAUAUCUGGCUAAUCCCGCAUCUUGGAAGCUGUAACCUAACGGUCUCUUUAAGUUAUGUCCUUACCUACUUUUACUACAAAAGAACGCAGCGCUAUCUACAACGCUUUAGCACAGAGGUGACAAAAUCCACUCUUAGAGCUCAAAAACAAAUGGGAAGAAUUAUGAUGCUACAGGUAAAGCAGAUGUCACCCAAACCAAGCAAUAAUUUAGGCACUCUACCCAACAGUUGUGUUUGGACUCCCUUGUCUUAUCCUUGCGACGUCUCCAAUCAUCGGAUUUAGCUCCAAAUGGUUAGGAAGCGUCAUGGUUAUCGCAGUGCAUACAUUGCCGACGUUAAAUGCGCUAUCAGUAAUUACAUGCGUUCCUUCGUACCGUGAGGUCACGAAACGUUUAUUGUUGACUAUUCUAAGAUGCAGUGGGAAGAGCCUGGAGAAAUACGAAUCAAAAGUUUACUCAACGACCGAAAACGCUAGCAAAACUGUUAUUUAAUCAAAAGGAAAAUAUAAGAAAAUAUUUUUUGGUAAAUAAACCGAUCAUUAAUGAAACUGUUUUUCCAUACCUCCGAUACUGGCCCCAAAUCAAGAAGAAAUUUGUGAUAAGCCUCGGAUUAAACCCCAGUGGUAAGAGAGAAACAUGAACAUACUUUUUUCCUCAAUAAAUGGAUAAUAAACUUGAUAAUUCUGAAGAUAUAUAACAUUAAAUACAACCGUAAAAAGGCGACCCAGGCCAGCAUCCUUACCAACAAUCACGAGUUCAAACAUCCUUGAAGCUCCUCUUGGAGCCAGUGGAACCUCAAAGCAAACCACACGGGUACGCGCGAAUUCCCUCACACGCAUUGGCAUUCUGCAACAAGUACGGUAGAAUUCCGGAAAAAAAAUUCAGGAUUUGGUCAGACGAAGGCUACAAUAAGGACAUGGGCCACCCCUUGAGUACUACACUUCCCCGAAAUUUUAAGCUGUUAAUUGUGGUCUCUCUAUGCUUUUCAGACAAUAAUACACUGUCAACCUAUAUUUGUAUUUAUUAUUAUAUUUAUAAUACAUAUACAUGUAAAUAAGCAUUUGGCCCUAAGUCAUAUGCUCUAUGAAUAUUAUAUGACCAACUCUGGUAUUCGUUUCCUUGCAAGCUUUCUUCAAAUUGUAAACUGCCCUUUUGAAAAUUCGGUUUGUAAAGCUUGUCACGAAAAAACAGAAUCACUGUACAUAUUCUUUGGGGUUUCUCUUGCUGUUCUGUAAAUUUAUCCAUUUUAAUCCAAUUGGAACGUUACAACAUGUGUUUCAAAAUAAACUGUAAUGUAAGACGCUAAAUGAUCAUGCGAGUGUUGCAAGUAGCUUGAAAUAAAACGGUCUCGAACAUAAAGCCUCAUGGGUGAGUCUUGUAUAAAAUGCGAAAAAAUAUAUAGGAGUUUCACUUGCACCAUCAAAGAACGUUUUCAACUAUUGUACAUACACAUUGUACUUGCGGAUUUCUUAUGGUCUUUAUUCUGAUGAAUGGUAGAAUUAUGGUGUUGCAAUCGUGCAUUACGUAUUUAGCGGGCUGAAGAGGGUCGCCAGAUACUGUACGUUCUGAUUAGGGGUAUUACUAUAUUUGGGUGUAAAAAAUUUGCUUAGUAUUGACAAAUUGUAGUGACGCGAUACUCGUACUCGGAAGGGCAAUGUCUUACAGUCUGACAUGCACUUUUUGAUAUAGUAAUAUUUAUUGUGACUAGCCGAACACACGACGAAUUAUAAGCACUACUUUUUAUUUUAAUUUUUUUGGAAACUCUUUCUCCUUUAGAGAAGAAGAUGAUAUGUAGUAUUUGUACGAUAAAAUGAUAUAUAAUAAUUUAUUACCGCACCUUUUCCCCAUUUUGCGUUUUGGGGCUAAGGUAGUACAGCCCCCCAGUCCAGUUUAGCCCCCCAUGACCCAGUACAAACCCCCUCGUCCAUUCUAAACCCCAAAAUUUAUUUCAAAGAAUUAAUUCAAGUUGUAUGGUCCAGCACAAGCCCCCUACGUCUUAGAUGAAGACCCCUACGUUUUAGAUCAAGCCCCUUACGUUUUAGAUCAAGCCCCCUCCGUUUUAGAAAAAGCCCCCUACGUUUUAGGUCAAGCCCCCUACGUUUUAGAUCAAACCCCAACGUAGUAGAUCAAACCCCCACUUACAUUUUUUGUAUUAUUCUAAUUUGUUCAUUAUGUGGGGUGUGAAACGGGCAAAACAGUGGGGGUUUGAACUACCUUUCGUGGGGGGCUCAACUACCGAAGCCCCUGCGUUUUUAUGGCAUUGCGGGUUACUGUAUACUCAAUGUUAAGAGCGCUCUAUAGGUUAACCUAAUAUCGUCUAGCCUUCAUUAAACGCAAUUUAAUUGCACAUUAUUUCGAUUUAAUUAAAUCACUUUGUUAUUGCCCUUUGUGUCCAAAUACGUGUCAAUCUUGAACUCAAAAAGGUUAACCUUUAGUGUACUAAGGAGCUUACAAUCCACCUGGUCUUUCUGUGGAUUUUAUUGAACAUAAGUUUUAGAGAUCACAGUGAACUCCAUGGAGCUCCUUUAUCUGGACUGGCUCAACAAUAUUUUUGGGUUUAUCUUGCCGUGCUAUGUCAUUUACUUGAGCUGUUUUCGGACGCAGAACCAACAAGUCGAGACUUAUUCAAAGGUCAUCAUCACAAACAGUAUUCUUGAUAUUCUCUAUAUUGUGUCAAACGUCAUGUCCAUGUAUGUAAGUCGACUUUAUUUUGUAUGGGACUCGUUUUACAAACAAAUGUAGCAAAAUACCUCCCUCUCCAAGUGGAAGAACACCACAAAGGUCUAUUCGAAAAGUAAAGAUUACUUCCUGGCCUCGUUCUUUUCAUGAUUGCCAAAAAAAUCCAAAAGUUCAAAAAAGGAUUCGAACCUGCUCCACAGGUCCUCCUUGUGCAGCGCCUUAUCCCAAAGUCAUCAUGUUACAGUAAUCCUAACCAUAUGUUGGAUACUAACCUUGGCUAUAUUUCAGACUGUCGCGUUGGUCGGCCAUCAAAUGGUCGUGGUUAUCCGAAAUCCCCUAGCCGACAUGUACCCGCUCUACGGACUUUUCGCUUACUGCUUUCAAAUUUUUAUAAUUUUUUUGUGCGUUCUCUUCGUUCCAGUUCAAUUCAUCUACCGCUAUCACGUGGUGACUUCUUCCGACACAUCGUUGAAGACCGUCUUACUUCCUCUGCUAUUGGCUGCAUCAUACAUGGUGGUGCACUGCAGCUUUUUACCUUAUACAUUCCAAAGAACAUCGCCCAAAUACGACAAACAAUUGAUUGAGAAUGGUUUCGAAGAAUACGCCGGUCGCAAUUAUCAAGUUGGAGACGUGGUAAGGGUACUGGUUAUUAGAGUAGAGCUUCUUUUCCGAACAAACCAUCUACAGUAAGAGUUUUAGGAGGCAAAUAUCUGGUUAAUCCCGCAUCUUGGAAGCUGUAACCUAACGGUCCUUUUAAGUUAUGUCCUUGUCUACUUUUACUACAAAAGAACGCAGACCUAUCUACGUCGUUUUGGUACAGAUGUGACAAAAGCUACACUCAAAGCUCAAAAACAAAUGGGAAGAGUCUUGAUGCUACAGGUAAAGAAUAUAUCACCCGAACCAAGCAGUUUAGGCAAUCUACCCAACAGUUGUGUUUGGACUCCCUUGUCUCAUCCUUGCGACGUCUCCAAUCAUAGGAUUUAGCUCCAAAUGGUUAGGAAGCGUCAUGGUUAUCAUAGUGCAUACCCUGCCGAUGCUAAACGCGCUAUCAGUAAUUAUAUGCGUUCCUUCGUACCGAGGAAUCACAAAACGUAUAUUGCUGACGGUUGUAAGAUGUAGCGGGAAGGACCAGGAGAAAUACGAAUUAAAAGUUACUUCAACGAGCGAGAGUGCUAGCAAAGCUGUUAUUUAACCGAAAGAAAAAUACAAUCGUAAAAAAAUAUGGUUUAAACCGUGAAAUAAAAUCGUUUUUUUAUCCGAUGAUAGUGGCUGCAAAUCAAGAAGAAAUUUGUGAUAAGCCUCGGAUUAAACCCCAGUGGUAAGCCUCAAUUGAGUCAGUAUGUUUGACCUUUUGAUUUUAAAGCCCCUCCAAAAAUAUAUCAGAUGCUCUCUUGGGAUGAUACUUCUAAUAGAUUCAGCGUCAUGGGUUUGAUUAUUGGACAAAGAAAUUGCACAAGUUGGCAAAUAUAACACUUGGCAUUGCUAUUGCCACACUGUGGCAAACUGUCUCAAUUAGCUACCAUAUGUAGACUGCUCAGUGAUAAGUGGACAGUCGAUGCAAUACAUACUACAAUUUUUGUAGUAUUACCCUAAAAAACAUGAUUUUAAAAGAUCACAAAGCAAAGUCACGUUUCCUCCAGAAUCCCUGAGGACCACGGGUCCGGCAGGGGAAAGCCUGGCACAUAGGGUCCAAGGAAUUUUGAACUGAAAGGAAGUUCUCCAAAUGUGACCUCUAAGUUUCUUUUGCCAUAUUUGGAAUACAAAUAUGGCAAUGUUUAAAGCUAGGCCACGGCUACAUACUACAUAUAAAGUAUUGAAAAUUUGAGCUGGCGGUUUGAAGGUGCAGCAACAUUAUACAAAGUAAUGCAAAGUUCAUAGAUUGAUAUAUCAAUGGUCUUAACGUGGAACCUGGAGAGCGAUGAUGAUGCUAUUCCUUGAACAUAUCAUAAACGUUUGAUUCUUAUUCCAGGACGGCGGGUGGACUACAAACUGUAUGCCGAACAUAACACAGAACAUCGAUCGGCCGUGUAGGGAUGUUGUCGAAAAGCCCGACAACCCAGUAACGAGACAAGACGAGAGCUCAAGAGUCAAGUGA